AUGCAUAAACUGUUUGUAAUAAGAAAAAAUAAGAAAUUUUUAUAUAAUGAAGCAAAUGUUUUUAAUAAUAAAUGGAUAAAUAAUUUUCGUAAGAAAAUAGAAUUAGAAGGAAAUGAGAGAAAAUAUAGUUCUUUAUGUGUAAACCAUUUGAAUAAAAAUAUAAAAAAUAUAAACGAAAGUGAUGUAUGCAAUGAUAAAAGUUCAGAAUAUAGAUUUUCUUUAAAUUCAUUUUUAAAAUUUAUUCAUAAAUGGAAGAAAAAUAAUUUUCAUUUUGAAAAUGAGUUUAUGAAGUACAUCAAAAUAUACAAUAAAAAAAUAAAUAGGGAUGAAAAAAUUUAUUAUAGAAAUAAAGAAAAUAAUUUUGUAAAUUAUGAAAAUAUAAAAUAUUUUUUAAAUAAUUAUUUACUAUUAAAUAGGAUAAAUGACAAAAAUAGAAAUUAUAAAAUGAAAGGAAAUUUUUUGAGUGAGAAUAAGUUAAACGAAAAAUAUAUUUCUUUUUUUGAUAAGUUUUCAGAUAAAAGUAAAGAAGAUAUAAAAAAAAUUCUUAAUUUUUUGAAAAAAAGCAAAUUAAAAAAAAAAAACAUUUCUUUUUUUGGGAAUAUUUUGCGUAUUAAUAAAAGAGAUAAAAUAAAUUUAUUUGAGUUUUUGAAAAUUUAUUUUACCAAAGUUCCUAAAGGAUUUGAAAGAUUUGAAGACAAAAAAUCCUCUCCUAAUUCAUAUAAGCCUGAAGAUGAGAAAAAUAAAAAAUUUGAUAAUUAUUUUUUUUAUAUAUUUUUUUUGUUGCUAUUGCUCUUCUUAUUAUUUGUUGAUUCUAAUAGCCUAUAUAAUGAAAUAACCCCAAAUGAGUUUUUUUACAAUUAUUUAUCUAAAGGAUAUGUAGAAAAAAUUAAGUUAAUAAAUAAAGAUUAUGUGAAAGCUUACUUAAAUACAUAUGGAAUAAAAAAGUAUCAUUUAAAAUAUGUAUGUUUUCGAAUUGGUAAUAGUGAUAGUUUUGAGAGAAAGGUAGAAGAGAUUCAAAAAGAAAUGAAUAUAAAUAGAGAAGAAAUAAUAGAAGUACAGUAUAUGAAUGAAACAAAUAUAUUAAAUGAAGUAAAAGGAUAUAUUCCAAGUAUAUUAUUUUUUUUAUUAUUAAUUUUUUUAUUUCAAAAAAUUACAUUAAAAAAUGUAACGAAUAGUGGUAUGGAUAAAUUAUUUAAGUUUAGUAAAAUAUCUCCUAUCAAUAAAAACAAUUUUAAAACGGAUAUAAAAUUUUCUAAUGUAGCAGGUAUGAAACAAGCAAAAGAAGAAAUAAUGGAAUUUGUAGAUUUUUUAAAAAAUCCUGCGAAAUAUGAAAUAUUAGGAGCAAAAAUACCAAAAGGAGCAUUAUUAUGUGGAGCUCCAGGUACAGGAAAAACUUUAUUAGCAAAAGCUGUAGCAGGAGAAGCAAAUGUUCCUUUUUUUAAUAUAAGUGGUAGUGAUUUUAUUGAAGUAUUUGUUGGAAUAGGUCCAUCUAGGGUUAGAGAACUAUUUGCUCAAGCAAGAAAGCAUGCUCCUUCGAUUAUUUUUAUUGAUGAAAUUGAUGCUGUUGGAAGAAAAAGAUCAAAAGGUGGAUUUGCAGGAGGUGGUAAUGAUGAGAGAGAAAAUACACUAAAUCAGAUGCUAGUAGAAAUGGAUGGGUUUCAUACCUCUAAUGAUAAAGUAGUUGUAUUAGCAGGAACUAAUAGAGUAGAUAUAUUAGAUCCUGCUAUUACAAGACCGGGAAGAUUUGAUAGAAUUGUUAAUAUAAGUAAACCAGAUAUUAAUGAAAGAUCAGAAAUAUUUCAAGUUCAUUUAAAAAAUUUAAAAUUACAUGAUACACUAGAUAUUAAAAAUAUUAGCUAUAUUUUAGCUUCAUUAACUCCAGGAUUUGUAGGGGCAGAUAUUGCAAAUGUUGUUAAUGAAGGGGCCAUUCAAUGUGCGAGAAGAUCUAAUUUGUUAGGAGUUCAAAUAAAAGAUUUUGAAGUAGCCAUUGAAAGAGUUAUUGGUGGAUUACCGAAAUCUUCUUCUCUUAUUUCACCUCUUGAAAAGAAGAUUAUUUCAUAUCACGAAACAGGACAUGCUCUAAUUGGUUGGUUUUUAGAAUUUGCAGAUCCAGUUUUAAAAGUUUCUAUUAUCCCAAGAAAUAAUGGUGCUCUUGGUUAUUCACAACAUUUAAGUGAAGAAAUUAUGUUGUUCUCACGAGAGGCAAUAUUAGAUAGAAUUGCUGUAAUAUUAGGUGGAAGAGCAGCAGAGGAACUAUUUAUUGGAAAAAUUACUACUGGUGCUAUUGACGAUUUGAAUAAAGUUACACAACUUGCUUACUCCUUUGUUUCUCAAUACGGUAUGAAUAAGGAAAUAGGAUUAGUAUCCUUUCAACCUAAUUCUAAUAGUGAAUAUAAUCUAUAUAGACCUCAUUCUGAAUGCUUAGCUCACUUAAUUGAUAAUGAGGUUCGCAAUCUUAUAGAAACUCAGUAUAAAAGAGUUAAAUCAAUUUUAUUAAAAAAUGAAAAACAUGUUCAUAAUUUAGCUAAUUUAUUAUAUCAAAAGGAAACAAUUUCUUAUCAUGAUAUAGUUAAAUGUGUUGGAGAAAGGCCUUAUCCAAUUAAAUCAAACUACGAAAAGUUUGUAAAGGCAAAUCCAUACAAGUUAAUACCUGAUGGUACAGAAGAAAAUGCUAAUAAUAAGAGUGAGAUAAAUAAAGACGAUAUAAUCAAUGAAAAUGAUUCAAAAAACAAAAAUGUGAGAAUUGAUGAUAUUGACAAAAGCAGUAAUAGUGAAAUAAAAGGAGAAAAUGAUAUAAUUAUUAAUGACGAAAUAAAUGAAGUAAAAAGUAAAAAUACAAUAAACAACUCAUGUGAAUUAAAUGAAGAAAAUAAUAUCCAAAAUAAAGUUAAUAAACAGAUGGAUAUUAAUAAAAAAGUCGAUAAAAACAAAAAAGAUAAUAAAAUAUCAAAUUCGAAUAUAAGAUAA